AAAGUGAAGUGACAUUUAGAAAAUUAAACUCUUUAAAAAAGUUCUGUUUAAUUUUUGUUCAUAUGUAUAUUUAUCUCCACGAGCUGAAGAUGGCGCAAUUGUGACAAGCAGAAUAGCGAGCACCUUCUAUAAUAUUGAAUUGAUCCAAGAUCUAUUCAAGGAUGUUGAAUUCAAAACUGGUGUCCAACUUAUUAAUUAUAAAAUAAUGUAACAAUAUACACUUAAUACGUUAAACGUAUAGGAUAAAAAAUAAGCUUCAAAAUGGAAGAUUUUCUAGUGACGGACGCAGCUGCUAUUAGAGAAAAAUUUUUGACGACCGGUUGUUCGAAACUAGAUGCGACAUUAAAAGGUGGUAUACCUUGUCGAGGUAUUACGCAGAUUUAUGGUGCUGCUGGUACUGGAAAAACACAGCUGGCUCUACAGCUAUGUCUCACUGUUCAACUACCGGCAACCGCGGGUGGUCUUGAAGCUGGUGCCAUAUAUAUUAGUACAGAAACUGCCUUUCCAUCAAAACGGUUGCAACAGCUGUUAGACAAUUCAGAGAUAACUAAAACACAUUCUGUGACUGGAGAUGUGAUAUUUGUUAAUCAUGUUGCUACUACUGAUGAACUAGAAUUAUGUCUGAAAAAUAGAGUUCCACUACUGAUGAAUGUUCAUAAGAUAAGAUUAUUAAUCGUCGAUUCAAUAGCUGCCCCUUAUAGGGUAGAAGAUUGGAAAAAUCAGCUGCAAGCCAAAUCCAAGAGAGAUGUUGGAAGACAAUUGCACAAACUUUGCAAAAACAAUGAUUUAUGUAUAAUCUCUAUUAACCAGGUUUCUGCAGUAAUAGAUAAUCACAGCCUUACUUCUGAAGCUAUAGACGAACAACCAGCUUUGGGAUUUACAUGGUCAAGCAUGGUCACUUCUUCUAUAUAUUUUUACAAAAAAGAUUCUUUGCGAUACAUUUGCAUUAUGCUAGCGUCGCACUUGCCGAAAAUAACUUUUCAAUUUGAGGUGACAGAGUCUGGAGUUAGAAUGAUCGAAUCUUCUUAAUUUUAUUUCAUUAAUUUAUAUAUUAGGCGGUUGCAUUUAAACCCGCUGUUUUUUUUUCGUUUUUUAAACAUUUAUUUUGUAAAAACUUGUUGGGUUACAUUAAUCAAAGUAUUUUCCCUCGGA